AUGUUUCAGGGGCCUUCUGGUUCAGGCAAAACCCAUUCAGCAAAAAUUAUCAGUGAAAAAUGCGGACUUACUUUAAAUAUUUUACAAAUUAGCCACCAAGUUGAUGUUAAGUUGUUAUAUGGAAGUUACACUUGCACAGAAGUUCCUGGUGAAUUUGUUUGGAAGCCGUCAAAAUUUGCUCAGUGUUUACAACAAGAAUGUCUUAUCCUUCUGGAAAAUAUUGACCAUGGAGGUCCUGAUUUAGCCUCUGCUAUUUUACAAUUUGUCAAUAAUGAAUCUAUUGAAUUACCCAAUGGAAUGAAAAUAAAAAUGAAUAAAAAUUGCCGUAUUUUGGGUUCUAUUGAAGAAAAUGCUCAACAAAUAUUUUCAAUUCCUUUAAUUUUACAAGAAUAUCCUUAUAAAGUCAAAUUGUUUGCUCCUUCUUUUAAUCAAUUAAAUGAAAUUAUUAAACAAAAAUAUCCAAAAUUGGAGAAUAUACGCGAGAAGAUUAUUUCACUUUUCAUUGCAGUGUCAGAUUUAAUAAAAACAAAAAAGGUUUUUUAA